GGUACAUAUUACCGGAGUGUCAUGUUUUCUUUUGCUUAACAUAAUAUCCGUUAAAGUUUGGGUACAUGAUAUGUUAAGGACUGGACAGCAACUAGUUCGUACAAGGAAAAUACGUUACCCACGCGUCGCCAUGUGUUUUAAUCGGUUGACAACAACACUGAACAGACACCGGCAGACCUACUGCCUAGACUUUCUCGAAUUGGGUAGACGAUUAUUAUUUACCGUCCAAUUACCGAAUAUUGUACAUUUUGACAGAGGUGCAACACUUCUUAAUAAACAUAUUACGCAUAAUACGUGUUCACCUUGGGGUAUGAAACAAGGUGUUUAUUGCUCCCCUUCGUUAUUUAACUCAGAGUUGUGCGCGAAUUACUUUCAUUUGCGGAAAAUCACAUUAAGACGAUCGUAAUGCCACAUUAACCCGAUUAAGUGAAUCAAGUGGUGACUUCAUAAUAAAGAUGGCGUUGAUUGGGCUUGUCUUUCUUACAACAGUUCUUCAGUGCAUUACAGCAACAGAUAUACCACUACCUAUUCCACCACCUUUCAACCCAAGACGUAUGGGCUUUCCGCGUGGACCUGUUGGUUUGAUAAGACACGGUCCAACAAGGCAUUUAGGCCCAAUAUUUCCACCGAGGCUGCAUCAUCCAAUGAACAAGAUUUGGCUAAAGAAAUUUGAUCCUCGUGUUGGUUCUUGGAUUAAAGUUCAAAAAGAAAAACCCAAUGUUAUUAGACCACAACUACGUCGUCACUUUAUGAGGAAGGCAAAGAUAAAUAAAAUGAUGCGGUUAGGAAAAUUUGCUCGAAUGAACAUUGUGAGGGGCGGAUUACUUGCUGGACAUGGUCCAAGACGAGCAUACCAAAACUAUAACAGAAAACCUAAGAGAAUGAUUAAAAUGCGUCCUGGAAUGGGAUCAACCGGUUUUCUAAGACAAGGAAUUGUCGGACGAUCGCAUUCCCCAACAAACAUUUUUAGUAUCAGCAGACGGCCAUUACUACAAAGGACAAAAAUGUUUCAGGGGAGGUUUGAACAUGAUAAUGACUUUAUCGAGGAUUUUAAAUUUGAUGACCAUAAAGACACUAUGGCAAUCCAAAAUUCUUUUGGAAGUCGGUUUAAUGCGGGAUUCAGAACUAACAAUCAGCAAACAGACACUGAUAUAGGCGUAGCAGGUGUUGGUGCCGUGCGUCCACAAUUUGGUGGAACUCAAAAAAUAGUUGACCAGCCGAGCAAUCCACCCAUGAAUGGAAAUGUUGCUGGUUUUCAACAAAAGGGUUAUUAUCACGAGAAAAACAAUGUUCCUAAAUACGAUAUGGAAACAGUAGGGUUGUUAGGUCCACAACCAAGGGUAUUAAAUCCAGCUCAUAAAAUAAAAAGUAGUGUCAAUAAAGCUAUUCACGAAUCAUUUGACCGAAAAAGUCAAGGUCCUUUUGUAGGAAUGACAGGAAUGGGGGAUGUUCAUUUCGACAGGAUGCAGCAAGACGUUAACUUACAAUUCCCCACCAUUAGCGGCACCAUGAAUACAGGUAUAUUAGGAGGCCAGCAAAAUGGUUUCACUACACAUUCUGGCGGUAUAACACGUCCGAUGCCCCAAGUAACAGGUUCGAUGCCCCAAGGUAUAGGUCCGAUGCCCCAAGUCCCGUUACCUGCUGAUAGGACACUAGACCCUCCUAUUAACCCUAACGCAGUCGGUGACAUUGGAUUUCCAAGAACCGGAAUCGCUACUUUUACAGUUGACAAUAGAGUUCCAGAUGGUCUAUUGCAUGAUCAUGACUUCCACGAUGUAGAAAAUCUAGAUAGAUUUGACGACAAAGAUGACCAUUCGACUAAUGAGCUUGAUGAUCUUAAUGAGAGAUUGCAUCAUGAAAGGACAUUCGAUCUUGACGACCAUAGAGAUUUCGAUGACCGGUUAGAUGAUCGGCUUAGUGUAGACGACAGACAUCACAAUUCAUUUCCACAAAUACCACAGGUUCAGAACGGAAGACACGAUUUCUUAAACAUGCCUCAUAUUGCCCAAGCUAAUGACAGAUUUGAUGAACAAGAUAAGGGAUUCGAAUUUGAUAAUGGGCACCAUGGACACGAUGAUAGCCAUCGUCAUGGACAUGAUGACAGCCCUAUUGAUGGUUUAGAGCUUCUUGGGUCCAGUAGAUGGAGUGAUAUCAUUUCAGAAUUAACAAACGCUGCCUCGCAUAAUCAAAUAUUUGAUCAAGUUCCACGUGAAAGCAUUCCCGUAUUUCCAGUCAAUCCACACUCGUCUGCAGGGCCAAGCGUUUCCGGUGAACGUGACAUGUUUGGAGAUGGGAAAGACGACAUGGGACCUGGUACACUAGCACUACUCGGCAUUGACCCCAGAAAUGUUGCUACAGAUGACAUGCAUCCACCGCCAUUUACAAUACCUCAAACAUUUGAAACUGUGCAUAAAAAGAAUUCAGUAAAUUCUAUAACGACUGCGGAAACUGUAGUGGUUACCAAAAAUGAUGAUUCCGUAACGACGGUUGUAACAAAGCAACCAGUGGAAAUCAACAAAGGGACAGAAUCAAAGCCAACCACUACCGGUUCACAUGGACCAAGUCCAACGCUUGACAUUUCGAACGCAGCCAAGCAGUUGGCAAUGUUUGGUGCGUUGGACAAUUUGGAAUUUGGAAAUGACAGUUUUGACGAAGACCUUAAACUUUAAAUAGCUUUAAAGAAAUGAUAUCAUUUUAAUGUGAUACGACACAAAAGUACUCAAAAUGUCUUUUUCUGUGAUUUUUGUCUCUCAGUUGAGAGUGUGUUAAGAAAGACAAUAUUGGAAAUAUGACCGGCAAGAAAGACAAUAUUGGGAAUAUGACCGGCAAUCCGACCUCAGUAGUGUUGGUUUGACCUACACUCAGAACAAAAUAUGAUGAAGAUUGUUUGUCCAUGAGUAAAAAGGUCAUAUAUUUUUCGUUGUGUUAUUGUUUUUUAAUUCUAAAUUUUUUAACAUGACAUUUUCUUGUUAAGUUUAUUAAUGGUAUUGUCUGCAUUUACAUAGUCAUAAUUUGUAUAAAAAAUGACAUUACAUAUGUUAAAUGAUUUAUCAAAUUAAGAGGAAAUGGCAGCAAAAUACACAGCUGUUUCGUAUUUUUAUACCAUAUGAAAUUGAAAUUUAAACAGGAAACUAAAACAUUUCCCCAUUAGUUUAUAAUUAUAUAAAAAAAAUCUCAAUUAUUUUAACACGUGUAUAAAUAGUUUUAAGUACUUGUUCAAGUGUGUAUUAUUGGUUGACGAUAUUGUGGCAAUCUGUACAACAGUAUAUUGGUUCACGAUAUUUUGGCAAUGUGUAAUAUUGGUAGACGAUAAUUUGGAAAUGUGUAAUAUUGGUUGACGAUAUUGUGGCAAUUGCUUGACGAUAUUGUGGCAUUUUGAGUAUAUGGUUCACGAUAGUGCGGCAAUGUGUGCAGAUGGUUCACGAUAUUGUGGUAAUGUGUAUAAUUGUUUCACAAUAUUGUUGCAAUGUGUAUAACCGGAUCUAGAUAUUUUGGCAAUAUGUAUAAUUGGUUCACGAUAGUUUGGCAAUGUGUACGAUUUGUUAACGAUAUUGUGGCAAUAUGUAUAAUUUUAUGAUAUUGCCAAUGUAUAUUACUGUUUCACAAUAUUUUGGGGUGUAUAAUUGAUGCAUGAUAUCAUCGCAAAGUGUAUAUUAAUUGGUUCAUGAUAUCAUCGCAGAGCGUAUAAUUGAUUCAUGACAUCAUGGCAUACUGUAUAAUUAUUUCAUGAUAUCACCGGAUAGUGUAUAAGUGUCAUAUAUUAUCGCAGACCGAUUAUAAUUGUUUCAUGAUAUCAUGACAUAGUGUAUAAUUGUUUCAAGAUAUCAUGACAUGGUGUAUAAUUGUUUUAUGAUAUCAUGACAUGGUGUAAAAUUGUUUUAUGAUAUCAUCGCAGAGUGUAUUUUUGAUUCAUGUUACCAUGUCAUAGUGUAUAAAUGUUUCAUGAUAUCAUGUCAUAGUGUAUAAUUAAUUUCAUGAUAUCAUGACAAUGCGUAUAAUGUAUAUAUAUUGUAUUACAGAUUACAGAGUAUGCGAUUGUUUCACAUAAUUGUGACAGUGCGAUAUGUGUAAAUGUUUCAAGAUAUAUUAUGAUAGAAUGUACAAUGCUUUUAAGAUAUCAAUGUGUAUUCUUAGUUAACGACAUAACACCAGAGACUAGAAUUGUUUCAUGAUAUAAGCCGCGUCAUGACAAAACCAACAUAAUGCGUUUACGACCAGCAUGGAUCCAGACCAGCCUGCGCAUCCGCGCAGUCUGAUCAGGAUCCAUGCUGUUCGCUUACAAACCCUAUAGCAAGUAGAGAAACUGAUAGCGAACAGCAUGGAUCCUGAUCAAACUGCGCGAAUGCGCAGGCUGGUCUGGAUCCAUGCUGGUCGC